UUUCGUUGUAAUGAUAAACAGCAGAGAUUGGCCCAAGGCAGCGCCAGAAUGUCUUCAUUCUGAAAUAGUUCAUGGGAGGAUUCGGCAUGUAUAAACAUUGCUAGAGGUUCUUGAAAUCUUAAGACACAAUGUAGCUAAGUGACACACGUUUUCAGUUCUAGUGGUGUGAAAUUCUUACAGAGUGAAUCUGUAAAUCAUGGCAACGAGACGACCACGCGUUAAAGUGGCUGCGAAUUUGUCAAUUCGCAGACCACCAAAACAAACUAACUGUGAAUCAACUGAGACAAAACUCGAGAAGACCGAAUCCGUUAGCACAAAGGAAGAACGGAAAGCUGAGGAUCCAAGUGAACUGAUUGAAGACAAGAAAUACAAUAAUCUGGGGAGCAAAGAUGUGAAUCGCGAGGAUGGUAAAGAUACCAAAGUUAAGAUUGAUAUUUUGAAAAAACAUGAAUCAAAUGUAUGCGAAGAUCAGUCUACUUUCAAAUCACCAAGACCAGUUGAAGAACCAGCCAAAGUAAUGACACCAGCGCCAAUUCAGCAAUCUUUGCCGGUAGUCUGUACCGAAGAACCACUUUCACCAAGAAAAAUAGAUUCCAAAUUUGCGUACCUCAACACUAUAAACAGCUCCAGGAAACGCAUCCGUACUGAAUCGAUGACUUCGAACAAGUCCUAUUCGGAAGUAAGCUUGAAGUCUCGCAAAACAAUCAAACAGGAAGAAUCCCAGAAGGCGUCCGAUGCAAAGCGAGAUCUUCGCAAGCGUCUCAACAACAUACAAAAUGUUGACAAACAGUCGCUCACAAUGUUUGACAUGAUCUAUUAUAAUCCCGUCAAGAACCCUAUGAAAAAUCCGACGCUGACAAACAAAAAGGGUUCACUUGAAAAUAUCCCCAACACGGUGGACAGAGACUCACACAGUGUCAGCAAAUCUCGCUCACCUACACCUGCCCCCACGAUACCUCCGCCCCCGGAUCCUCCAAAGCCACUCGUACAACUAACGCCUCAACUCAAACUUGGUCCUAAUGGGGAAAUGAUUCUGGACGAAACCAGUCUGGUGGUGGAGAAUGAACGGGAGCGGGAGAUUAGGGACACAAUGGCCAAGCAGGAAAUAGUGUACGAUGAUGAAUUUAGUGGGAACUCAGGAUACUACAGCCGAUAUAAAAGGACCAAAGAUUGGCCACCUGAAGAAACGAUUCGCUUCUAUCGUUGUUUGCACACAAUUGGGACGGACUUUUCGAUGAUGAUUCAACUGUUUCCGAAUCGCAGCCGAAGGGAUCUUAAACUUAAGUUCAAAAAAGAAGAGCGUCUAAAUUUGAUGCUGGUCAACAAAGCUCUUCUGUAUCCGAAAGAGUUCAACAUCGAAGUGUUGAAAAGCCAAUUCCAGGAGGAAGAUGAGCAGAUAGAGCGACAGCGUGAGGUCGAACGCCAGAUGAAGUUGGAGGCAAAGGAGAAGCUGAAGCUGGAGAAAAGUGCUAAAAAGUUGCAGAUAAAUCAGAGUAAAAAUCGGAACCCCAAAAAGCGUGUGAGCAGGGCUGCCCGUGUUAUGCUGGACGGAGAAAGAAUAAACAAAACUGAGCCUCUACUAAAGGACCCAAAGCCAAAGUCGAGGAAACGAAAAACGUUCGAUAAGGAAUCUCUAGAAAAGCAGGAAAUUAUUAAAUUAACGGACAGCACAGCAAUAGAAAGUCCACAUGCGGUUGAUGAAGAUUCAGUGGACGUGGAAAGUUUUCCUAAUGAUGAGCAUCAUUCGGGCGAAUCUGACAUAGGAGACUCGCUGUCUGAGGUUAGAAAAACAGACGUGGAAGACAUUCGUUACGUUCCGAACGUGAUGUUCAAAGAGUUUGAAGCACCGGAAGCACCUGCUUCUGUAGAGCUGAAUGAGUCUUCACAUACAAAUUCGGAUUCCGUCCCAACUGUGGAAAUUCCGAGCGAGCCCCCUCUUGACAUCGAGGCAAUGGACAUCGAUAUUGUCGAUGAAGAGUCAAAAAGUGUUUACGAAAUAAAAGCUGAACUAAAAAAUCAAAAUGUGCUUCUCCACGAGGUCCACCAGAAUGUCCCGGAAAUAACGAAUGUAAUCACUCUGCAGAAUCUAGAUGAUCAAACUCAAACGACGGUAACCUAUCAGGAACCGGAUGUUGUGGACAGUAGUGACAUGGUCGAUAACUGUCCAGAUGUCGAGCUUGAAGCGAUUGAAUCUAAGUACUAUGGUGGAUGUGAUGCGGUGUACAUACCGAUGCCAACCAACGCACCGAUUGCGCACCCAGUGAAGGCUGAUAUGUACACCCGAAAACCUUGUCCUACGAUAGCUACUCCCCCUCCGUCAGCCAUCAACGAUUCGCAUUCAGUGAUUUGCGUUGAUGCACUCGAAAACGCUGAAAUCACUCAAAACGAAGCUGCGACGCUGAAUGCUGAUCCCAAUCCAGUUUCGACACAGGACAGGCCCGUCAAGGUGCAACCGGAACCAAAAGUAGAAUUUAAACCCGAACCCGAGAAAGCAAUAACUAACCCUGCCACCGAAGACAUCUCCACUGCAAGCAGCAGCUCGGUUUGCAAGGAAGAACAUAAUCCUCCAGACGAUCGGCAGCAGGAAUCGGGAGAGACAGAAGUGGAACCCCGCGGUUUGGGUCUGCUGGAGGCCAUUGAUAUUAACUCUCUCGUGUUGGUUGAAAGUCAAGACACGACGGACCCGGAGAAAACCAUUUACGAGAUUUAUGUGAUAAAUCCGAAGACAGGCAAACUCAGCGAAAAGCCGCUGGACGUGCCCGAGGAUGUAAUCGAGAACAUUCGUUCGAUUCUGGAAGUCGGAGAUUAAGUAGAAAUAAUGUAAAUUGUUAAGAGAAAAAGGCAGUAAUUAAAUUAAGUGAAGUGUGAUUUUGUCUAAUUUAAAGGCGAGUCAGGAGAGAUGUUCAAGAAA